AUGUGGCUGUUUCCUCGUAGAAUAAGGUUUCGUUCUUUUGCUUCCGCGCUUUGUGAGAAUUUUUCUCCUGUUAUUGUUAGUCGAUCGGUGAUGGACAAGGCUGGACUUUUCCAAAGUAUUGGUUUAAGCGAGCAGAAAGCUCAGGAAACACUGAAGAAUGAUGCACUUUCGAAGCGACUGGAAUCCAUCAUAACUUUGGUGAGUAAAAGCUUGUGGUUUUCAUUCGAUAGAUUUUAAUAGCCUGUGAUUUUUGUGGAGUAUUAACUGAUCAUGGAUGCACUUGCUCGAAAUAAUGUUGCAUAUUUUUAGUGAUUUCGUUACAUUGGCUAAGAAUGUUUGUUAAAGGUGCUACUGCAAUCUCUCCAUCUUAUAUCAGCUCGAUCAGUUCUUCGUAGGCUGAUGCAAUAACUGGUACUUACAUGUAGUAGUAACAUUAGUGGGUUACAUAAAGUCUUAAGUUUUCCUCUUUCUUACGAUUCUUGCAAUUAUUGAAAAUCUUGCUUAUUUGCGAUGAAAUUAAAAUGCACUACUGGAAUGAAGAUUUGUUAUGUAAACGAGCAUAUAUUGGUUUUGAACAGUACAUUGGUAAUAUAUUGAGUACAAAUUGAGUAAAUGAGGGGACUGGACGAGAAUGUACAAGGUUUGUAUGUCAUGACUCAAAGCUUAAUAUUCUCUGUCCAACUGGACCUAACUCAGUCACUGAGUGCUGAUUAUUUAAACAAAGUUAAGCUGUUAUUUAACAAAACCACAUUGUAAACAAUCCUCAGUUUAACUGAACCCUUUAUCUGAACAUUUGUUUUUGGGGACAGGGUCAAGAUAGCUGAAAGCUUACAAUGAAAGGACAUUUUUAAGUCAAUCAACCUCUUAUGGAGUGUGCCUGAGGCUCAUUGAUUGUGUCAAGCCUUGGUUUAUUGUAGACCUUGUGUAAAUAUCUGGCUUUCUGGCAGGGCUGGGUUGUUCAAAGCCGAGUUAAGAUAACCCAGGGUUAAUUAGAAACCUGAUUUCAGAUCUGAAUGUUAAAAAAUAGAUUUUUAAUUUUGGUAUAAUUUUUUUUUGCCUUGUUUAUCUUGGAUGCUAUCAAAAAUUGUGAAAAUUAUUCCAAGAAGGCUAUUGAAUCAAAGGAAUAAAGAAACCCUGAUUAAAAUUUAACUUUGGAUUAGUGCUAAUUGGCCUUUGAACAACUUGCCUCUGAGUGCUAAUGGAGAUGAAGUAAUCAAGACACAAAAUGAAGCAACCAAAAUAAGGACAAGCAAUAACCAAUUUUGAGUUGUACUUUUUUAAGCCUAUGGUCACUCUGUAAUCUUUUGGCCUUGUAGUUGAUCUCCUUUUUCCUUUUUGCCCUUUUCUUUGUAUCUAAUGAAUUGUGAAGACAUGCUUGUACCUUUGUGAAACAGUCAGUAUGACACUAGGCUGGGGCAAAUAGAUUUUAGUGUCCAUAGUACAACUGUCCUACACUGUAGAAUUGAUGAUGGCUAUUUCUUGUGUUCACUGCUUCUCUAUGCUUAGAUUGAGCAUCACAAUUUUUCUGUUUUUAACAGGUGAAAGAAAAAUCCACAGAUGCGAUUGAAAAACCCACUGGUGUUUUGAUGUACUCCUUGGCAAGCAGCAAUAUCAAAGAUGAAUCACAGAUCAAGUUUGUUAGUAACUACAUUGCAAACAAGAAGUUGGCAUCUGCGAUACAACUGACAGGUAUGAUGUUGCUAUCUAGCGAAAGAGAGGGAGGAGAAGCUGGGAUUGAUCAGGUUUUUUAUUAUAUCUCUGAAUUACUAUGUGCAUCAUGAUUGGUCAGUUCAUAUUUAGCCUUUUUUUACUAUAUGGUGUGCUAAAUCAAAAAGUGUGUUUUGGUCAAAAUCUACCCCCUCUAAUUUAACCCAGAGAUGGAAAAAAAAAAAUUUUUAAGUUACUAACCUUGUUUUCUUGGUUCAUACUGUAAAUUAAGUGUAAGUAGUGUAAAUAUUUUUAAGAAAAACAACUGAAAACUGUGUGAUCAUUUUUAAUCUACUAUAUGGAUUUUUAAUCACUUUUUUAAUUUAUUGUUAAAUAUAAUUGUGAACAUUUUUUUAGACUAUCUCUGGGGUUUCUCAAUAUUUAUAAAUUUUUUAAAGUGCAUUAGAUCAUAUACCUUUUUAAUUUAUGCUAUAUAACUAUUAGUUAAAUGUAAUUUUGUUUUCAUUUUGUAAUCUAACCAUCAUAUUCCUGCAGUUUCUUUUGAUAUUUUUAGUCUAUUUUUUCUGGGAAGCCUGUUUAGCAUUAAUCAAUCAAAUUAAUCAUUCAAUAAUUUUAUUUCCAAAAUUUUGGCUCAUUUAUAACUAUUAAAUUUAUUAGGUAAUCAUGCCCUCUAUUAUUAUUAUUAUUAUUAUUAUCAUAUUAUUAUUAUUAUUAUUAUUACAGAACAUUUUUUUUAUGCUGGGAUUUUUCCCCUAAUGGAUUUUUUUUUUUUUGACCUGUGCAAAAAAAAUUGUUCAUAAGUUACAGUAUGGACCUUGAACUUGGUGAUUAAGAAGUACUUAUUGUUUAGUUGGUGAUUAAUUAUUUCGAAGGUGUUUCAGGGGAUUGAUAAAUUUGGUGGUACUGUCUGAUUGUUUGAGUAAAUUGAGAAGGACUGCAGUUGGUGGAAGUGACUGACAUUUUAAAAAUCAUUGUGGAGGUCAUCAUCAGAAUGGAGACAAGAUGAAGACUUCCUCUGGGGUUGUCAAAAUAUCACGAACUGAUAUGAACAUUAGUACUUCUCCAGACUGCCUUUGUCUGAUUGGACGACAUAAAUAAAUUCUACCCCUGGGUUCAAUCAGUUAAUUAAUAUUCAUAUUAUGUGUUACUUUUAUUUUAUCUUAGCUGCAGUGGAUUUUAUGAAGGCCAAUCCAGUUUUGCCUGUUGAUGUGGCUGCCUUUGAAAAAAAUUGUGGUAUUGGAGUAAACAUCACACCUGAUCAGAUUGAAGACUGUGUAAGUAAGAAAUUGAAAGAUUUGAUUUACUCUUUUAAAGUAGCUCACAUCAGUUUCACUUAACUUACUUGAAUUGCAAGGUACUGUAUAUCAGUUGAAAGGGAGAAUCACUUACAUGUACAACAACUUAACCCUUUAAGCCCUAAGAGUGACUAGCAUCUAAUUUCUCCUUAUAAUAUCACCCCUGAAUCACACAAUAAUGUCAUGAAAAUAAGGGAAAUGAUCAUUAACAGAAGAAACUCUUGAUUACUAAACAAAUUCUCCUUGUCAGCACCUUGAGAAAUGUAUGAUGAGCAGUAUGGAGAAUAUGUCUACUGAUGUUAGGGUGUAGAGGGUUAAUAAUACCAUUACUAAUACUAAGGAUUAAGAUAACACUCAUUUCAGGGACUUUUGGUUUGAUUUUAUUUGUCUUUUUUUUUUCCACAAGGUUGAAGAACUUAUCAAGAAACACAAGGAAGAAUUGUUGAAGAAACGCUACAAAUUCAAUGUUGGAAUAAUAAUGGGUGAGUUUAGAAUGUGACUUUAUUCUUUCACAGUGUCUAGUGAGCCCCUUUCUCCGAUGAACCUUCUCAAAUAAGUCCCCUCUCUCAUAAGGCCUCCCUCCUGUAAAUAAUCCCUCCCUAAUAAGCCCCUCUCAAACAAGCCCCUCUGUAAUAAGGCCCUUCUAAUGUUCCACUUGUCUGGAAGCCCUGAAAAUUAUAAAUCCUCUUGUGAACUAAUUUAAUGGAUAUUGUUUGUUUUAGUAAAGAUAUAUGACCUGUUUUUACUUUGUUUGAAAUUUUAGGAAAGGCGAGAGAGAAGUUAAAGUGGGCAGAUGGAAAAGCUGUGAAAGCAGAAAUUGAUAUGCAGGUUUGUGGUACAAUAGCUUGCUAUAAAUCAGUCCUACUGUCUACCUGUCAUUCUGUAUGUCCAUCAGUUGUCACUCCAUCUGUCAGUUUUGCCAGGAACAUCAAACUCACACCAGGUCAAAGGAAGUCUUCACUGCUGACAGGAAUAAGUUGCCCUUAGACUGAAGAAAAUGUCCUAUAUUAGAUAGAGGAUCCAUGAUUACUGUCACAAGUAGAGACUACUAUAUUAUGAACAUUUUUUGAAAGAAAGUUAGAGAGAACCAUGCUCCAAAAUGUUAAAGAAACAGGAAAAUAUUGAUGUUUGAAUGUUAUGGACUUAUCUUUUGGAAGGUUUGAUUUCACACAGGUGUAACUAUUCUAUAUUUAACGAUGACUCUUUUGUUGGAUGGUAUUUAUUGUUGGUAUUUUAACUCUUUUACAGAUCUUAGAUUUGCUUGGACCUAAAACUGAAGCAGACAUGCAGACUUUCAAAACAAAGGUGACAUAACUAGAGACUUGUAUUUAUAGCACCAUAUUUUAAAGUUUCCACCUUGAUAUAACCAAGUGCAUAGAACCAGACAAUAAGUGGCAUAAGUGAUUGAUGGAGAUGGUUUAUAAGUCACUCUCUAGGGGCCAUGGUUAACCCUUUGACUCCCAUGAGUGACCAAGACAGAAUUUCUCCUUACAAAAUCAAUACAAUAUCAAGCAAACAAGUGAUGAGAAUGAAGAAAAAUAUCAGUUAGGGGAUUUUAAGUUGAUCCAAUACCAAAUUCUCCAAACACACAUCACAAGAACUGUAUGGGAGAUAGUAAGGAGGAUUACUAAUGAGAUCUUGGGAGUUAAAGGGUUAAGGAUAAUUUACAUAUAGUAACCAUUUUUCAAACAAUAUUGUAUGAUUUGAAGUUUGGUCCUUUUACCCUCUCAGAGUGAUUAGCAUAUAAUUUCUCCUCAUAGUAUCAUCCUUUUACCCUCUCAGAGUGAUUAGCAUGUAAUUUCUCCUCAUAGUAUCAUCCUUUUACCCUCUCAGAGUGAUAAGCAUGUAAUUUCUCCUCAUAGUAUCAUCCUUUUACCCUCUCAGAGUGAUUAGCAUAUAAUUUCUCCUCAUAGUAUCAUCCUUUUACCCUCUCAGAGUGAUUAGCAUAUAAUUUCUCCUCAUAGUAUCAUCCUUUUACCCUCUCAGAGUGAUCAGCAUGUAAUUUCUCCUCAUAGUAUCAUCCUUUUACCCUCUCAGAGUGAUUAGCAUGUAAUUUCUCCUCAUAGUAUCAUCCUUUUACCCUCUCAGAGUGAUCAGCAUAUAAUUUCUCCUCAUAGUAUCAUCCCAGAAUCAAACACUAAGGUUAUGAGAAAAGAGGAAAUGAUCAUCAACUAAAGAUCUGUGCUGAGUUGUUCAAAGCUGGGUUAAGGUAACCCAGGGUUAGUGUGAAAUUUGCUUUCAGAUCUGAAAGCUGUAAAAGAAAAUUCAGUACUAUUCCUUUUGUCUACAAUUUGAUGAUUGGAUGCCCAAAUAAGAAUAAAGGGAAUUAUCUGAAAAAGGCUUUAAAAAAGUGAAUGAAGAAACUCAGAUUAAAAUUUUACCCUGGGUUAGCACUAAUCAGACUUUGAGCAACUGGGCCCCAAAGCUUCUGACUGUUAAACAAAUUAUUGCUCAGGAAAUGUGUUGGGAACAGAAUGGAGAAUAUGCUUACUGAUGUUAGGGUGUAAAGAGUUAAUGUUAUGGACUGUACAUGUAUUGAUCAUAGGAGGCCAAGCCCAGCAAAGAGGGAAAGCCAGCAAAAGAGUCUCGUCCUGCAGCUGUAGAGGUUUCAUUGAAUGGUGAUACUGGAGAUGAUGAAACAAGUUCUUUGUUUGGAGAGGCAAGCAAGUUCCACAAACCAGGUGAAUAUAGCUCAGGAUACAGGCCAUAUCAUAUAGUUUGCAAUUAGUUUUAAUGCAAAUUCUGUUUCCAGCCAUGAUACUCUGGCGUGUAUCUAGUAAUUCAUCGUCAUAUUUGCCUCUCUUGUCUUAUUAUAUCUCACCAAACUAAAAUUUUUUAGUAUUUAUAGUUUUGUGGUUAGCCAAAAUUAUUUUACCAUUUGAACUUUUAAAAUGACUGGCAUUUCUUCUUACAGACAAUAUUACCUCCAAGUCACACACUAAGGUCAAGACAAUGAAGGAAAUGAUCAGCUCUUGAUUGUUAAACAAAUUCUCCCCAUCAGCACCUUAGGAAAAGAAUAAGAACAGCUUAUAGAAUAUGCACACUGAUGUUCAAGUAAAGGGUUGAUUCAUUUGAAAUCAUGUACUGUCAGUAGCUCCAUUAGGAACAGUUAUUAUCAGGCCAUGAUGUAAUAAUGUUAAUUAUAAUGGACAUGUAAGAUGUCUUCAGUCUCCCCUUGGUAACACACUUAGUUAUGUCUAUGUACUAAUCAACAUUUUCUAUACCUUUUUUAAACUUAGGUGAGAACUACCUUACACCUGCCUAUGUUGUAACCCCUAAGACGAUGACACUACUAAAGGAACAUUUAGAAAGAACUGGAGGAAGAGUAAGUGUCAGAUAAUUUAACUGUUCAAGUAAUGAAAUGAUUCUUACAGGAUUUCACAGUUUCAGUGUUGAAUGAUGCAUUAUGCUUUGGAGACAUGUUAACAAUAUGGACUGUUAACUGAGUACUUGGGUUACAAAACUGGUAGAGAUCAUUUUAUUUUGUCCUGGGCUAGAUUAUUACAAUAGCUCGUUCUCUUGCACUGACUCUUUACUCUGGGGAUUACAAAUGUGCAAUGCUGGACUGCACAGAAAUCAAAAGUACAUUUUAAUAAGGAAUUGUUGUUGAUUGUCCAACAUUAUACAUAGAGAGAAAAGCCCCACAUUGUAAUCUUCAGGUGUUAGAAAAUAUGUACUCUACAAUACAUGUAAGCAUGGUUCCCAGCUCACAGUUUAUUAAUUUUUAUUGUAAUUUGUAGACUUCCAUAUUUAUUUUCAGUAAUUAAUUAUUAUUUUCUGUCAUUUUUUUCUGUGUUUCCUGAGUUUACAUGCAGUACCUACACAAUAAUUACAUAGCAUCUUCUGACAAGCUAAAUAUUACAUGAAGUUUAUUAAGGAUUCUACUUUUCUAGGUGCAAACAAGAUUUCCUCCUGAACCCAAUGGCAUUCUUCACAUUGGUCAUGCCAAAGCUAUCAACUUCAACUUUGGUUAUGCAAGAGUAAGGUUUAUGAUACUGUAUCACUUCAGAAUGCUCUGAUAGCUUUUUCUCAUUGUUUAGUCUAAUUGUCCAGAUAAGGGUAGUCUGGAGAAGGAAUGUUUUGGUAGUGCUUACUGAUGUUUCAACAACCUUAGUGGAAGUCUUCAUUGGAGUCUAAAGAAGAGUUUUUUUUAGUUGAAUAGUAUAAGUUGUGUGGUUUGUGGGGUGAACUGAUUGCUCAGUUUUUGCAGUGAUGAUAUUGGUUGGUAGAUUCAAGUAGUAUAAGUCUGUGGUGAUUGGUCAGUUUUGAUCUAUUGUGAUGUGAGGUUGUGUUUUUUGGUUUGUUGGUUAUGUAAAGUCAGGAAUAAUAUGGUGCCAAAAAUUGUUCAUUAUUUAAUGUGGGAAGUGCUGCAAGAUUAGCUCAAGACAUGGUGAUUUGGAGGGACAUUGUUAAGGUGUUACCUGUGUCACUGGGAACAGUGAAAUUGAGUGUAUGCUGCCAGUUAUUGUUGAAAUCUGUUGUAUUUAACAGACUCCUAGCACUAAAUCUCAUCUUGUUUAUGUUAUCAUCAUAAUGAUUUCUGUUUUAGCAUUUUUUGAAUGUAUAACUGCCAUAAUUGUGAUUGCCAUCACAAUCCCAACCUCAUCAUCAUCAUUACCUUUAUGAAUCUCAUCAGUGUUACUGAUAUGUAUUUAUUAUUAAUAAAUUAAUUUUUUUGUUAAUUCUCCUCAGGCCCACAACGGUGUUUGCUACUUGAGAUAUGAUGACACAAACCCAGAGAAGGAAGAGGAGAAGUUUUUUACAGGAAUUUUGGAUAUGGUCAAGUGGCUUGGUAAGUAAAAUAGUUUUGUUAAAGAAGAUUUCUAGGAAAAGCUGAAUAUUUUUCUGUCUGUAUAUCUCUCUUAGUUUUUCCUUUAAAUUUGUCAAGUUCAAGAAGUUUCAAUUGUCUUUAAAAAAUUUAUGCCUAUUGUCAAAAAUUGAUCCCCAAGUAGUACUUCAUAACAUCUAAUUUCCAAUGUCACCCCUGAAUCAUGCUUUAAGGUGACAAGAAUAAAGAAGUUCUUGAUUGUUAAAUAAAUUCUCCCUGUCAGCACUUUAUGAAAUGUAUAGAGAGUAGUAUAGAGAACAUGCAUACUGAUGGCAGUAUGAUGAUCACAAAUUUUGCAAGUGGAUUCAUUGGCAAUCCCUGUUUGAUCAUCUCUAUCAUUAGCAACAUUUGAUUCUUUGUGGGUCAUUGAUGCCUUUUACUAACCAAGUUCAAGGUCUGUGCUGUAAAUUACAGAUCAAGUUUUUUCUGUUUGGUUAUGGGGCGUUCCAUAACUUACUGUACUGACCAAGAAACGAGAUUAGUAAGAUAUUUAUUUUAUUUCUGGGUUCAAAUGGAGAAUAAAGAUUUCUAUUCAAACAACCUUUUGAAUUUAGCAGGUGCACAAUGAGAUACAGCCUGCUUAAUUGACCAAUCAUAGUGCACAUGCUAGCAAAUUAUUAUCUCCUUAUUGUUUUCCUUCCUUACUAAACCAAAAUUGAAUAGAGUGUAGCUUUUCCACCAGACUUUGAUAUCCCACUUUCAAUUUUUUUUUUCAGGUUUUGAACCAUGGAAGAUAACCCAUGCUUCAGACAAUUUUGGAAAAUUGUAUGAUUUUGCUGUAGAGCUCAUCAAAAGGUAAACAUUAUCACAUUGAUGUGUAUCUAUAGCAACAAAUCUGCUUGUCAGAGUUACGACAAUUUUACCUUUUUUUUUCAUCAACUUUGUGAUGAUUUAGGGGACAAGCAUAUGUCUGUCACCAACAGUAUGAAGAAAUCAAAGGCCACAAUCCCCCACCCAGCCCCUGGCGGGACAGACCAAUAGAGGAAUCACUGAGGCUGUUUGAGGUUUGCUUCAAUGUUGUUUUUUUUAAGUAGCUCAUGUAGGGGUGGCAAUGGUGAAAUCCUAGACUCCUGAGGUGCAAAGACUUGUUCAGAAACCUAAGACCCACACCAAACAGUAGUCAUACAAGUCCCUGUUAUAUACAGUUGCUUAACCCAGAUUGUUGCAAGGUACUGGUAAUGAGGAGAAAGUUAUGAUACCCUCUUCUGUGUUGGUUUUUACCAUGUAUUUGACAAGCACCAGGUUAACCAUUCAACUCCCAGAAGUGAUCAACAUGAAACUUCUCCCAAUAAUUAUAUCCUUACAUUAUCCUACAAGCAGCUGAUGAGAAUAUUCAAACUUAUCAGGUAGAAGUUGUUGUCUUGAUCUAACACCAAAUUCUUAUAACUAAUUUAGAAGGAAAUGUCUAGCAGCUUGAGGGGAGAAUUACCAAUCAGAUCUUGGGAGUUUAAGGGUUUGACCAACAAGCAACCCUUCAGUUAAUUCUCUUGAUGACAUAAAUUCAGGUUGAUUCAUUCUUCUACUCCAAAUAAUCACCAAUAAUCAAUUUUUCCUUACAAUAUUGAUAUGUUGUCCAGCAGGGCCCAGUUAUUUAAAGGGUGGAUAUGUAUAUAACAGAAAAAUCCCUAUUCAAAAUUUAUUGAAGUGUUAACAAAACCUACUGCACUAUCCGCCACAUGGAGAUUUAUCCAGUGGAUAGUGUUAUCCACCCUUCAAACCUUCAGGUCCAGUUGUAGUUGUAGAGAAGAUGGAAAAAUGACAAUCAGAGGGUAUCCUUUGAUUCAACACCAAAUUCUCUGAGUGAAAUUACAAGGAAUAUAUAACAGACUGUGAGGAGAAUUGAUAUAUACAUCCUGGGAGUAUAGGUGAAAUACGUCAGCCUGUCCACAGUUAGAUGUGCUUCUUAGCAAAUUGAAAUAAUUUUCUGUUCAAGUCAUUCAUGGUUUGCACUCUUUCAGGAUAUGAGAAAAGGGAAAAUAGAGGAAGGAGUGGUAAGGGUUUUUAUUUUACAACUUUCUUUCUUCCACUUGAGCUUUUUCCCUUUUUUUGUCCAAGAAGCUAUCUACCACUUGACCUGGAAAUAACUUCCUCCAAGUAUGGUCUUGUCAUGUAUAAACUGUCACUUUGUCUUCCUGCAAAUAAUAUUCUGCUCAUGUUCAUUUGUUUUCUUGCUCUUUUGUGAAAAAUGGAGAUAGCUUCCGUGAGCUUUUAAGAGAGAGAAUUAUGUAGUUAUGAGAAACAAACUUGCUGAUUAAAUGAUAAAAAUAAUUUUCAAACCCAGAUUAGGCAAAAUAAUUAUCUUGAUCUGUCAGUGUCUGACAGAUCAAUUAACUUGUCCCAGUCAUGAACUUGGACAAAUAAUUUGACUGCUGAUCACUGGAAAAUCAUGCUAUCUGUUCAACUUCAUCCAAUGAUUCUUGUUGAUUAUUACCUUUCAUGUUGCAUUCCCAAGGCAACACUGAGAAUGAGGACCACGCUUGAGGAUGGAAAAAUGGACCCUGUGGCCUAUCGUAUAAAGUUUACCCCACAUCAUAGAUCUGGAACUGAAUGGUACUUGCAUUGAUAAAUUUUUGUUGUCAUAAUAUAUUUAUCUUGUUAUAGAAAAAUCAAUGUCAUUGUUGGAUCACAGAGUUUAUUUCCUCAUCAUUGUAGUCUGUGACAGCUGACUGAAUUAAUGAUAGAUUCUCACCAUGCUUUUUAAUGGUAAUUUUAUAAAACUGAUAUUUAUUUGAAUUAAUAUUGAUGGAUUAUUUUAUAUUUAUCAGGUGUAUAUAUCCAACGUAUGACUUCACUCAUUGUCUGUGUGAUUCUGUGGAGGAUAUCUCACAUUCACUCUGCACAAAAGAAUUUCAGUCAAGGUAGGUACAGUGUAGAUAGGCAUUGAAUUUAGUAAUAGAACCCACUUUGGACUGGUUAAUUUAUGUAAUAACCCACUCGGGUUACUGAGAGAACACAAAAAUAUAUUGUAAAUCCCAUGCCUAUAGAGGUGAGUGAUUUACAAACUUUCUUGUCUUUUUUCCAUAUCCAACAUUGGUUAUUGUGCUGUUAAACCAGCAGAAGCAGGGUCUAUUGAUUUUAUUAAAUAAACUUAAAAUGUUUCAGUUUUCUAUGGUGCUAUAUAUACACAAUAGGUUUUUUUGAACAAUUAGGGCAUGUGAAGUUUCUCAAUUUUUUUAAAAUUAGUACUAGACUAAUUCUUUCUUGCUCGUGUCCAAAAAUAACAAAUGUUGGUUUCACCUUACAUGUAAAGUGUUGCAAAAGUUGAAGCUGAUCUUUUCUCUGCAGAUGCCAUUGAGUUUGCACCCACAUUAGCUGUGUCACAUCAGGCACAGCUUCUAAAUGUUUCUUUCUUUCUGUUUGACAGGCGUUCAUCAUAUUACUGGUUAUGCAAUGCUCUUGAUAUCUACUGCCCAGUUCAGUGGGAGUAUGGUCGAUUAAACUUGAGUUACACUGUUGUCUCCAAGAGAAAAAUUGGAAAAUUGAUCUCCUCUGGUAUUGUGAGGUGGGUGAGAGAAACAGAGGAGUUGUGUGCUGGUGUGUUAUGGUUUAAACCCUUUAACUCCCAUGAGUGACCAAGACAGAAUUUCUCCUUACAAUAUCAAUACAAUGUUAAGCAGGCAAUUGAUGAGAAUAUAGAAAAAUAUCAGCUAGGGGAUGGUAAGUUAAUCCAAUACUAAAUUCUCCAAAUUAACAUCACAAGAACUGUAUAGUAGACAGUAAGGAGAAUUACCAAUGAGAUCUUGGGAGUUAAAUGGUUUAAACAUAAUUUAUUAUACUGAGAGGGCUAUAUUCUAUCCACAUCCUGGGAGUUUUGAGAAUUGUCCUCCAGAUCUUUGGGUUGAUCCUUUUGGUUCCAAGAUCUGAAUAUAAAUUCUUAUCUCUGAUUGUCAGACAUUCUUUCCGUCAUUCCUUACCAAAAAAAGUAAUAAUUAUAAUGAUUUUUUUUUUUGCAGAGAUUCCUUUGUUCUCUCUCAGGUGUUAUCCACCAUCUCUUUCAUUCCCAAAAUCAAAAUAUCCACUCUCUUUACUGUUCACCAUACAUUCUCUCGUAAUUGUAGAUGAGAGAAUUUUGUUGUUAAUCAAACAACAGUUUGUAGUUGAUAUUCUUCUGUUACAAAAAUUCCUUUUACAUGUAGGUCUCUCCUGGUAGUGACAGGGUUAAUUUUUGUCUUUUUCAGGGAUUGGGAUGAUCCAAGAUUGUUCACUCUCACAGCCCUGAGAAGGAGAGGAUUUCCUCCAGAGGCUAUAAAUAAAUUCUGCAGCAAGGUAACUUAUUCCCUAAUGUAUAAAACAUAGUUUGUCAUAGUUUCUGUGACACAAAUUGUCAAGAAGUAUUCAAGAAAUUUAAUACUUCUGGUGCACUCCAAACUGUGACCGUUUUGGUUUGUAAUGGUAGUUGCCAAUGUAGGAACCUGUGCUUAACCAUUAUGUAAUAAUUUGUAUUGUUUUAUAACAUAGUUUUAAUGGUUAGAAGUGAAAGUGAGAUUAACAUUCAUAAAAUAUUACUCAUGCACCAUCUAAGUAAUAAAUAAUAAAUAAAUAAUUAAUUAUUAAUUCAUUAUUAAUUAAGUAAUAUCUAAGUAAUAAGUCAUGAAAGGUAGCAUGACUCUCCUGUUUUUGUAAAACUGAAUUUCAGCCUCACUACCUUCUCUAAAUAUUUGCAGUGCUGUCAUUGGUGUAAUAGAUCAUGUAAUAAUAUUACACAAGUUGACAACGUUGAAAGAAGUUGAGUUUGGAGCCCAGUGUUAGGGACAGAGUUAUGAUCCCAAGAAAGAUCAGGACUGACCCCUUCACUUAGAACUGGAAUCAAUUUUCUGCACCUUCUGACAUUCAUUUCUAUACUUUAAAGCUUUGGGAAUUUGCAUGGUGUCAACUUGGAAAAAAAUUGCCCAGUAUUUAAUAUUUUUCUUUCUACACAUUGCUGCCCUGUUUUACAAUGUGAAGAAAGAGUAGGGAGGAAUUAUUUUAUGGUCACUCUUUGGAGUGAAAGUGCUUAACAUUGUUGAAUUGUUUUGUUGCAGGUGGGUGUGACAAUGGCACAGACAGUCACAGAUCCAUUGCUCCUUGAGUCAUGCGUUCGGGAUGAACUGAAUGUUACUGCUCCUAGGUAGUCAUAGCAACUAUUGCAGUGCUCCUUUAAUUUAGUCAGUGCUCAUGUAUGUUAAAUUUAUGACAACCAUGGAAAUUCACAGGUAGUGGUGACACGUUUUGCUGUGAAUGGAGAUUAUUGAGUUAAAAUCUUCACACCCAACCAUCAUAAUAAAAUUAUGCUCUGUACUGUUCUCUAAUUCUGAAAGGUUCCAACAAUGAGAAUUUGUUCAAUGAUCAAGAGCUUCUCCAGUUGGCUAUCAUUUCCUUUAUUCUUGUCAGAGUAAUGCGUGAUCAGUUUAGGGGUGAAAUUGUCAAAAGAAAUUUGACGCUCGUCCCUCUCAGGAGUCAAAGGUUGCUCAUUGAUGACACCAGACCAAGUUCCAUGACAUAUCCAUAAACUUUCUUUUGUUGUGUGAACCAACCAAUCUGGCCUAUGUUAUUGCUUCUAUUAUCAGAGCAUUCAUUUGCAGAAGUUUAUGGCCAUUGACUUUUGAUUUCUAAGAACAUAUUAAUGUUAAUUAUUAUAUAAAAAUUGUUUUUGUGAAAGUGAUGGAAAUACCAAUAAAAGCUUUUUCAAACUUUCAGGGUCAUGGCUGUUCUUGAACCUCUCAAGGUGACAAUUCAGAACUUUGACAAGGUAACGUAGGAUUUGAAUUAUCUAAUGAAUUUAUCUAGUGAAACCAUGAUGGCCGAAAAUUUUUCAUGGAUAUUCACUGUGACACCAUGAUUAUAACAUUCUAGAAAAUGAAAAGAUACUGUAUUUACAGUUUCACAGUUUUACAAUAAUUUUUUUUUUAUUGCAAGCAUUUGGCCUAGCUUCAACUUUUUCAUGGCACAAGAACUAUUUUGACUAUGUGUGGAAAACAAUGAGCAAAAUAAAAGCAAUGUCUUAUUUUGGUUGUUUAAUUUUUUCUUUUAGCAAGUCAAGCUCAGUGUUCCCAAUUUCCCCCAAGACACAAAUAAAGGAAGUCAUGAAACAUCAUUUGGAAAAACAAUUUUUAUUGAACAGACAGACUUUAAAGAGGUAGGUUACUAGAUAUUUCCAAAUUGACAAUCAUAGGGUUGUGUCAACAAUUUACACCGAAAUGUCAGUAUGCAUAUUCUCCAUACUGUUCUUUAUACAUUUUCUGGAGCAGUCACAAGGAUAAUUUGUUUUACAAUCAAGGGCUUAAGUGUGUGAUCCUUUCCUUUAUUCUCAUUACCCGAAUGUGUGAUUCAGGGGCGAUAUUGUAAGGAGAAAUAAGAUGUUCACUCUUAGGGUUGAAGGGUCAAGUGAUAAUGUCGAGUGGCAAUCUCAUUUUAAAUUGGCUCAACAACAUGCAUUUAGUGGUCCACAAGAUGAUGUCUACUUUCAUAAGUGUUUGCUUUCAUCUUUUAACCCUUUAAUUCCCAUGAGUGACCAAGAUAGAAUUUCUCCUUACAAUAUCAAUACAAUAUCAAGUAGACAAGUGAUGAGAAUAAAGAUAAUAUCAAUUAGGGGAUUAUAAGUUGAUCCAAUACUACAAAUUCUUCAAACUAACAUCAUAAGAACUGUAUAGCAGACUGUAAGGAGAAUUACUGAUAAGAUCUUGGGAUUUAAAGGGUUUAGAUGUGUUAUUUGUUUUAGCUUGUUGAUUUGUGACAUGUUCCCUUACUUUCCUGUCUUUUUAACUGGUUCCAUAAGAUGUUUUGUUGGUCCCUGCAACAAUGGCUGCUUGCAGGGUUGCUAUGGAUACCUUUAUUCUCCUCCUUGACUAUUCAACUGUAAAAACUUCUGCUUUAGGUGUCUGAGAAGGGUUUUCGCCGUCUCACUCCUGAUCAGUCUGUCGGCCUCAAGUACGCUGGUAUGGUGAUAACACUUCAUAAAGUUGUUAAGGUAUGGCUGGUUCACCUUCAUACCUACAGUGUCACUAUUUCUUCAUAGAGUGAGGUUCACUGGGUUUUAUUCCAUAGUACCUCAAUGCAAAUCUGUUUUCUAGUUUGUAAGCUGUUUUAUACAUUCUUUAAUCAAUGUCUACAAUGCAGCAAUGCCAAGCUGUAGCAGUUUUGUGGAUAUCAUGCUCUACGAUCAUGUUUACCCUUUCAAUCCAAAAUGUUAAAAGUCAAUUCUUGCCACUGUCUGGUACACGUUUUGUGUUGUUUUAGCAUGGAGAAAUUAGUGUUUAAUCAGACACUCUUCCUAAGCUGUGAUUUUCUUCCUAGUCAUUAACUUUCUUAUUGAAACAGUGUUUGAUAUUAUAAUUGUAAUGAGUAAACUUCUCUUUGUUCACUCUUGUUCUCCUUUUCUGUGUUAGGAUUCCAGUGGGAAAGUGACAGAGUUGUUAGUGAAUUGUGAGUCAACAGAAACUGCACCAAAACCAAAGGCUUUCAUUCACUGGGUAUCUUCACCUCUGAAAUGUGAAGUCAGACUUUAUGAAAGACUGUAAGUAUUUUGAAUUUUUAUUAUCUGGAGAGACCAGUGCUUUCACACAAAGGACCACUUUUCAUAUGCGACUUUUCAAACCAUGCAGGCAAUUUUCAAAUUAAACAGUGAUGCGAAGGAUUCUAUUUAACUCUGUCUUUUUUUUUUCAAUGUAAUCAAUUGAAAUCAACAAAAAAUUAGUAGCAACAGAUUGCAAGACUUAAUUUCAGCACUCCAAGCUGCAACCAUUAUUAUCAUGGGGAGUAGAAAAAGAUUUUGGAAACAAAUUUGUUGCCAGUUUGGUGACUUGCUGCUGUGUUCAGUAGUUAUGUGGCAGGCUACAACAUUUGUUUUAAAUGAUGUGUAUGAUCUAAAUUUUAAGUGACACAAACUCUGCGUAAAAUAUUGUCUUAGUGUAAUAUGUGACAAAAUUUCUCUGUUUUUUUUGCUCUCCUGGCAAAUUAAGUUUUUCAUUCUUGUGGACUACUUCAUGUCUUCAGAUGGCCAAACGGUGUCUGAAAAGUCUGAUCUUGGAACUCAGAAUUUAUUCAAGUCAUACUUGACUGAAUGAAAUUGUUUGAUUGUAAAUUAACAAUUUUAUGAUAAUUGCAUUGAAACAGAUUUAAACACAAGAAUCCAGAAGACCCAGCAGAAGUACCAGGUGGUUUCAUAACAGAUUGCAACAAGGUAUGAUUUCUUACUUUUUAACCCUUUACAACCAAACAUCAGUGUGCAUAUUCUUCAUACUGUUCUCUGUACAUUUCCUUAGGCAUUGACAAGGUGAAUUUCUUCAAUAACUAAGAACUUCUUUAGUUGUGAUCAUUUCUUUUAUUCUCAUGACCUUAAUGUGAGAUGCAAGAUUGAUAUUGUAAGGAGAAAUUAGAUGCCAGUCACUCUUCAUAUGUGAUCAAUUGGCUGAUGGGAAAAACCCUAUGUGAGUGUCGAUAGACUUCUAUUUUCCUUUAAAAACACAUUGCAUCAAAAACACUUAUGGCUCCCUUUCACCCACCCCGUCCUGCUUGAUUUGGCAAGGCACUGAGACAUUCAUUGGACUUUUUCACAUCCCUCCCCCCCCACAAACACCUCCCCCUUCUUAGUAAUACACUAACAUGCUUUGUAUUUUUUCCUUAAAGGAUUCUCUUACCAUAAUCCCUGAUGCUCUUGUGGAACAAACUGUCAAACAGGCAACUGUCUAUGACAAAUUCCAGUUUGAAAGGAUUGGUUUCUUUAGUGUUGAUCCUGACAGCAGUAAAGACAAGGUGAGCACCCCCCUUUCAUUGUGCACAGUUGUUGAAGCCCUAUGCUAUUUUGUUAACAAUGGAGCAAAUGUAUCUUAUUAGCUCUUUAGUGUGUAGUAUCACUGAGUACUUUUACAAGUUGUGCCAUAUUUUGAUGAGCCUGUAAGGCUAGUCAAAAGACAAUCAAUGACUGGUUAGCGAGCAGGACAGUGAAACCCCAAACAAAGUCACUAUGGCAGAAUAUUGUGCACUCCUCUACUCAUCAGAGCCCAAGAAUUGAUUUACUUAUUAAACAGCUUACUUCAAAUGAUAAUUUUGCUAGAUGAUGCAAUUUUUUUUGUCUUAUGUUUCAGCUGGUGUUCAACAGAACAAUCUCUUUGAAAGAAGAUCCUGGCAAACUGUAGUUGGAAAACAGAAUAUACUUCUAUCAAUGAAUACUAUUCAAAUAAUAUAGUGCCAAGACUUUCUAGUGACCAGUACCCAGCCAUAGUGGUUCAAAUUCCCUCAGAGUGCCUCUUUACAACCACAUUCAUUUAUCAUUAUUCUCAACCCUUUAGUCCCUAAGAGUGACUAGCAUCUAAUUUCUCCUUACAAUAUCACCCCUGAAUCAAACAUGAAAGUUAUGAGAAUAGAAGAGAUGAUCACCAACUAAAGCAGCUCUUGAUUGUUAAACAAAUUCUCCUUGUCGGCCUCUUUGGAAAUCUAUAGAGAACAGUAUGGAGAAUAUGCAUACUGAUAUUAGGAUGUAAAUGGUUAAUUUAGUGCAUGUCUCAGGCAGAUUACUUGGUUUUGAACUUUUGGAACUAGGAUAAAAUCUAAAACAAAAUAAAUUGUUGGAGACUUAAUAAUCCAAAUUCUACUAUGUCAGAGAUUUGAAAUUCUGAAUGUGUACCUUGGGUAUGGCUGGAAUAUUUCCUUCAUUCCCAGAGGGACCUUCUUUUAACAUAGCUUGUUUAAGCAAUAGACUGCCCUUUUUAUUGGUUUACCAGAGUACUAACCUAUGCAAGAUGUUGGGAGAACAUAAAAAAAAGGUUGGAAAACAUGUCUUGAGUGUCCAGCUCAUGAUUUAUAAACUUUUACCAACUUCCCAAGUAAGUCAUCAUGCUGGUGAAAUGGUACAAAAUUGUGGUCUAUUAUUACCGGUGAUUGCUUUAUUCAUAAAAUAAACUUGAAGGGUCGCUUAGUUGCUUAAGGUCUAACCCAAACCAUGGUUUUACUCAACCAGUGGGCCUUAGGUUUUCUCUAUAAUAUUAAAUAAAUGCCCUUCCAUUGUUAGCUUUUGGCUCUUUUGACAAUGUUCACAAAAGUAAUUGUUCAGAUGAAAGUUUCAGCUUGAUUGAGGAUUGUUUAGGAUGCAGUUUUGUUGAACAACCAUUUGACUUUGUUUAAAUAAUGAGACGAAAUGUCUCAAUUCUCUAUUAUGGGCUUAUCGCUGCAAUAAUUGAUAGAUCUUUGACCAAUUAAGGCUCUUGUAGUAUGUCAGCUAUUGUUUAAAAAAUCUUGACAUAAAAAAGGCAUAACAUGUCUUUGAGUACUAGUAAAUGUUGCAGUAACGUAUAACUAUAUAGUUUACUUUAUAUCAUGGUCUCCUAGUGGACUUCUCAACUGAGUUACACAAUGUGACUUUCUCAAACCUUUGACACUAAGUAUCAGUUUUUCUGUUUUAUGUAGUCUCACAAAAUGCCUUUCUUCUGAGUUUCCUUUAGUUAGUAACAUUAAUGAUAUUAAUAUUUACUAUUCCUUUUAGUACCUAUUUUGAUGAGUUUUGUGCUUUCUGAAGCAAACAAUAAAGGUCACUCACAAUAUUUUAUACUUUGGAUACUUAGAAAAACAACAUUCAUGUUUUUAUAAAAGCAACCUAGUAACUAUUUUGUUAGAUUUCCCAGUAACAAUUAAAAUGGAAAUUCUGUUAAAAUCUCCUGA